AGGUCACUCAGAUAACCAUCCAACACGUGAAUGGAUCGUGAUAGCGCCUCUGUGAGGACUGCCCCUGUGGCGUGUGUCUAAUCCCGUCUUCAACGCACCAAACUUCACUCCAACACUGAACUUUUAAUUAGUUGCUGCGGAUUGUGUUUUUUUGUAUAAGAAGAUACCAUGGCAGCCUGUAAAGUCCCCCAACAGGCCGCUACGACCACCAGCCAGAUAAUGCACAAGAUUCAUCGCCUGAAUCACGACCAAAUGCUGGAAUAUUACGAGAAUUGGGCAGGUUCAUACGAUAAGGAUGUCAAAUCCUCUGGCUAUGAGGCGCCUCGACUAACCGCAAUAGCUCUUGGUAAAGUGCUAUCAGACAAGAGCGCCCCCAUCGUCGACUGUGCUGCCGGCACCGGUAUCGUUGGCGAAGAGUUGACAAAAGUUGGUUUCAAGACUAUCGAUGCCGUGGACUAUUCCCAGCAGAGUUUGGACAUCAGCGCCUCGAAAGGAGUGUACAGGCAGCUCAUUUGUAAUAAAUUCGAUGAAAACAAAAUCGAGGAAAUCAAAGACCAUUCUUACAGCGGUCUUACUUGUGUUGGCUCUCUUGGGACGAAUCACAUAACACCGUCGGCAUUCCCUGAAUGGAACAGAAUAGUCCAAAAAGGUGGUCUCAUGGUGUUCACUCUGAGCAGAGUGGAAUAUGACGAUGGUUUACCCGACCAAAGAGUGGUCCUUGGAAAUGGCAUCCAAGAACUUCUCGACAAAGGAACUUGGGAAUUGAUCGAGAAGACGGCUAUACCGUACUACAGUGGAUACCUAGCCGAUAUGUUCACCAUCCGCCUUAAAACCAAAACAGAUCUUUAGGCCUAGCCUCAUAGGCCGUCUAGUUAAGCCGUUUUAUUACCAGUAACCAAAGUAACGGUUGAUGAAAAAAGAAAAAAAGAAUGGAGAGUCACAAGUUAAGUAUUUACAAAGUAAAACUUUAAAAAGGCCAAGAAUUUAGUGUCCCUUGUCUAAUAAUUGAGAUAAGUCUUCAGUAUUAUUAUAAUGCCAUGGCAAUUCGCGAGGUUAAGACAACAUUUGGCAUGUGCUACUUCUUGUAGAUUUGGAAAUGGGAAUUUAGUUUUAUUUUAUUCCAACAAGUUUCUGUCUAAAGAUAGACUGUUCCCUAUCGAUCCAAAUAAGGCAUAAGUAAAAGGGGCUAUUUUGCACGUUAUGUUGUUGUUGUCCAACCAAUGGCAAAUUUGACCCAGUUCAAUUUCGUACAAGUUAAAUUUGGUACAAGUGAAGAACUUGCGGUACCCUUUCUACAGUCGCAGAGAGAACAGCAUAUGAUUCGGUAAGGUCAAAAUUUUACCCAUCAGAUCGUUUGCUGUACUGGAAACAGUAUGCCAUCCACCAAAAACAUAGCAGAUUUGACUGGUUUACCCACACGUACACUUGAAUACCAUAACUGUCAACUUUUUCAAGGACACUAUUUUUUAUAAGUAGAUGGUUGGUUUUUUUUUAAGUUAAGUGCUUUUUUAAAGUUUAAAGAUUUUUGUAUGAUAUAAUUUGCUUUCCCAUACUUUAGACCUUGUUAAUCAUACAACAGAAUUUAGCUAUUGCAAGUGUGCUUAAAACAACUUAAACUCGUCGCAAUUGAUAAUUAGUAUUAAAGUAAAUUAAAAUAAAACAUCAAAUCGAUAAUCGGAUGAAACGUU